AUGGCAGAGGAAGUAACUGCGACUCCACCGCCGCGGGGUGAGAACCUGCGGUACCGCUUCAGGCGGACGUCCUCUAGCGAUCUGGAGGAGUUGAUCCUCGCAAAGUUUGAAGCUGCGUUGAGCGAGUUGGAUCGUAGGUUGACGGAUCUUGAAGCGAAGGGAUUCUCGAAGAUGGACGAAACGCUCGGAGCGGCUUACCAGCACUACGAGGCAUUGAAGGCUGUGAAAGAUCAUUACUCGCAACGUGGUCGGGAGAUGAAGGACGAGGGCUGGAAGCGAGCAGAAGCGUUCGUGCAGGAGAUUGAGCAGAGGUAUGAGAAUGCGUGGCAUGCUGGUACUUCGUUUCCGGCAAAGGUGUCAUCGGGGUUGAAGCUUAUGGAGGAGAAGUUGUCGGAUAUGGAGUCGGCGUCGGCGUCUAGGUUCGAUGCUGCGGUGGAAAAGAUCAAGGAAUUUGACAACACUAUCCAGGAGACGGCGGACCGCGCGGCGGAGAAGGUUGAUGAGUGGGCGAAGGCGGUGAAGGAGGGUGCUUCGAGAUUGUUGACGUAUGAGGAGUUACCGAUGGAGUGGAGGAAUAACGAGCACAUCCUGCGUGGAUACAGGUUCUACGAUACUAAGAUCGGGUGUCUAAAAUCCAUCGUGGGGAUUCACAACGAGACUGGAUCGAUCUGGACGCACUUGAUUGGAUUUAUCAUCUUUGCAUCAAUCGGGCUGUAUUUCUACCCCAUGUCACCGGCCUUCGAACUUUCGACCACAUCAGACAAGGUUGUGUUUGGCGUGUUCUUUGUCGCUGCUGCGAAGUGUCUUCUGUGCUCAGUUAUUUGGCAUACGUUUGCACAUCACGCACAUGUGGUGUCAAUGCAGCGAGCGGCAUGUAUGGACUACGUGGGUAUUUCGGUACUCAUCGUGGCGUCCAUCUUAACGGUGGAGUACCACGGGUUCUACUGCCAACCUUGGGCACAGGCUGUGUACAUGUCCUUCACCUCUGCACUCGGUGUUGUGGGUGUGAUCGUGCCAUGGUUCGAGUUCUUUGACAAGGCCGAGUCGCGCCCUUUGCGCAUCAUGUUCUUCAUGUCCAUUGCUGCAAGUGGGGUCUUGCCUGUUGUGCAUCUGUCGUUCACGAGGUCUGCGCUUGCUACCCUCAGCUUUUUCUCUCCCGUGAUGAAGUCCCUUCUGGGCUACCUUGUCGGCGUAGCUGUCUAUGCGAACAGAUGGCCGGAAAAGUGGUGGCCCGGUUGCUUCGAUCUCGUUGGUGGAUCACAUCAGAUCUGGCACCUUGCAAUCAUUUGGGGAAUCUGGUAUCAUUACAAAGCCACCGAGGCUUUCCUGGGCAAUGCGAAAGAGUUUGCUUGUUCGAACCAGCGUUUUUAA